CUUGAAACACCGGCAUCAGAAAUCGUUGUGUGGGGAAGGUAACGUGACAAAGCUGCAUAUAAUACACUUGACAGUCGCUAAACCACUGCCUAUACGGACUUUUAUAUUUUAUCUUUCCAUAUCUUUUUUUUUAUUUCUUCAGCAAAGAGAAAAAUUAAUGUGUUGAUCAAUGCAUCGGAAGAUUACCGAAGGAACAGAAAUUGUCCGAGCUCGUUAAAGAAGCCACUUGCUGGCUGACGCCUGGGGGAAAUAGGAAGCUCUAUAUAACAUUAUCUGGUCACUCGCUGUGUCCAGCGGCUAUCGAUACACGAUUCUAUCUCUCUCUUUUCCAAACCGUCGGACCGCAAGAGACGGGACCAGUGAUUCUGUUGAGGACAGAGACUGAAUGAUAGGGAUUUCGGUGUUCUUCAAACUCAGGACCCCCUUGUAAACUUUCCCACUGGAUUCUUUGAUCUCACCAACCACCAUGCUGUAUCUCACACAGACCUCAGUCAACCCGGGGCUGGGCAGCACGGGGGUUAGUCCCGUUGUGAGCCCGGGGGUCAGUCCCGUCAGUACCAUUGCGCCAAUGACCCUCAACCCCUGCACUACCUCCUUGGCCUUCACGCCCGGGGGUGGAAACACUGCGCUGACCCUAAACACCGUUCCCCAGGGAUCAACGAUGGCCCCCGGGUCUAUUAUGCACCUAAUUAACUAUGGAGACAAGGAUUUAGGACUGCUCCUAUCACAGAGAAUGGAAUUGGUAUGGCACGGCGAAUUCGACAGACUGUUCAGUCAGUAUUAUCCCCACUCGUGGCAGCUCGUGCCUACUUUCUGUCCACCAAACGAUAGAUGGAGAACAUUCAAAGACAGCGCCAAAGUUCGAUUCUCAUGUCAGGAGUGUGGCCACGGAUGGACGUCGAUGAAGGGCAGGGUCAUCUUUUGGUUCCAGCUGAACUAUGCCACCAAUAUGGGCUAUGUCAUGUUUAAACUGUACGGACAGCAAUGCCAAAGAUGUAAAAACGGCAAAUACGAGCAUGCCAUGUGGUACCCUGAAGAGGUCAUCAAGGUCCUUGGAAACGUUUACAACAGAGUAGGGCAGAUUUACUACGGCUUCGUCCGUCCUCCCCUUCGUAUUGAUCGCCGGGCUGGCAAACCAAGGAACCAACACAACUCCGAGCUAUGUCAAGCAUGCAAAGAAGGUCUUUGUCGAGAGGAAUGGACAUUCACAUGACCUAGAUUAACCAGUUAGAAAGACGCUUAUAAUCAACACAAGGGCCCCGCUCCGGCGGGAAAUUUGAAAAAAACCCUGAAUCAGAGAUCAUUUUUUUAGUUAAUAUAUAUAUUUUACACUAUGAUUUAUAUGUUUGUUGUUUAUAAAAUCUGAACGUCUGACGCCAUAGGCGAUAUGAAUCCAUGCAUAGUGUUGUGUUGCAAUCAGUCUUAUUAUUAUAGUUCAAUUUAGAACAGCGUCUCAGAUGAUUUAGGAAGGAAACUACUGAAUCAACUAUAUUUUGUCAUGUAACAUUACCAUGAACAAAACUGUUGAGAAUUGAUUUCAUUUUAACAGUUACUUUUUAUCGCAAUUCCUUAUGCAUCACAUCUGAAUGCAAUGUCACAAUUAUUAUAUAUCUUUGCAACCUGUAAAUGCAAAGUUAUUUUUAAAGUGCUAUUUUUAUAUGGCUAAAACUUUUUACCUGUAAAAAAAAUAAAGAACUAAAGCCUUAAUUGAUGUAUGUAUAUGCUAUAUAAUGUGUUCCUGGUAUAUUUUAUCGAUAUAUUUUUGAAUCUGUGUAUAAUUGUUAAUAUUUUUGUUCCUUUUAGCUAAGUGUCCACUUAAAGGUUAUUUCUGCAUAGCAGCUUAUUGUUUUGUCUUGAUAUUUGUUUUUGGUGAAAGUUUUUCUUCUUUUUCAAUUAUGAUUGAAUCACCCUUCUCAAUUAAAAAAAUAAUACACUUUUGCUUUCUGUAGAUUAAUAGAAUUAUUGUUUUUCAUUUCUAGGUAUUAGGUUUCUUCAUUAAUUUGAUUAUUUCCUCCGUUUGAUUUUGUCAUUUUCAUGUACAUUUAAUAGUUCACAUUCCAUAAUUUUAUUUGUCUCACUAAAUUAAUAUGUACUUUGUAUCAUCUUGUUUAUAAGGGCUAAAUUAUUUCUAUAAAUGAUGUCCCAGCGGAGAAAAGGUUUCUCCAAUCAAAUCACGUGAUAGGACCGGCAGUGAUGAUACCGAAAUAGUAUUUAUUAAUUCGUCUUCCACAAAUUCUAUCAACCUGUCAUAAUAUACACUGUAUUUUUAUUUUAAAAAUAUUUUGAAUAAAAUUAUAAAAACUUU